GAGAUUUGUUUUAGGACGAGAAAGAUCUGGGAUUUCUGGUUUGCAGGAGAAAAGGGACUUGUUUUCUACAAGAUUGUGAAGGGAAUCUGAAUACACUCUGACUUUGGACUGAGAAAAAGCGACUCGGUUCCAUGGCUUCUCUCCAGAUGACCAUAGUGCGGCUGGUUGCCCUGGUGCUCCAGCUGGCGACCGCAUCCCACACCGCGCUCUUGAGCCAGAAAGCAGUCUUUGGCAGCUCGUUCAGCGACAUCUACCGUCCCUUGAUUGUGCCGUUUGUGUUUGCUGUGUCUAUGGCGCGUUUUCUGCGGCAGCGCAAGGGAUCUCGGAGCGCGCGCAGGAUACACGCCGCGACCGUGGUUUACUCGACCGCGAUCCCGUUCGUCGCGCGCUCGGUGGGCGAGUACACGGGCAUGCUACUUGGGCCGUGGCUGGGUGCGUUUGUUAUGGACUGUGUUUGUUUUUAUCCGAUCUUGAUCGGCGCGGGCAGCAUGGCUGCGCGCAUCUUCCACUCGUCGACGUCUAAGGCGGCUAAAUCUGCCCUGGGCGAGGCCGGCGCGUCCGGCCUGCGCAUGGUUCUCAUCGCACUGUUUACGACUAGAUUAUUUAUGAUUUGCGAAGGACGGAUUAUCGGGCGACUGUAUGUCCCGCUGCUGGUCGCGGUGCUGCCGAGAGGGUAUAUGGCGUUCAAGCAGGCGGUGGUGAUCAACACGGCUGCGACGGCCGUGCUGGCGCUGCUGAGUCCGCCGCGCAAAUUUACGCUGCCGCUUGUGGCGUGCGCGAUCGCACUGCAGAUAUCGUAUUUUGGAGCGCAGACGAAUUUUGGUAACACGGAUUUGUCUGCGAUCGAUAACGGGGGGAUCGUAGCCUCGACGAUCUCGACGACCGGGUAUAUCUCUGUGGUGUCGAAACCGGAGAAGGGAUAUCUUGCGCUACGAAAUGACCACUCGCUGCUUGGAGGUGACUACAUCAAGCCCCCGCCUAGUGUUGCGAUACCAAAAGGCGCAGUCUGGACUCGAGAACCUAUCUAUUCUUCGUUCGCCAUGCAGGAGGCGGUCAGACUGGUUACGCCCGCGCCGGUAGGUGUGGAGCAGGACGGAAAACAAGUCAACAAUGCACUCGUGAUUGGUCUUGGGAUCGGAACCUGCGCAAAGGCACUGGUGUCGCACGGGAUCGCGACCGACGUCGUCGAGCUGGACACGGCCGUGCUGCAGUACGCGGUCGAUUACUUUGAGUUCCCGAUAAACCAGUCGCGGGUGACGAUCUGCGACGGUCGGUACUUCGCGCACAGCCUGGCGCAGACGCUCAAGUACUCGCCCGAAGCGGCGGCAGAGGAAGGUCUGCGGACGUACGACUACGUGGUCCACGACGUGUUUACAGGAGGGGUUGUCUCGCCCACGCUGUUCACGACCGAGACGUGGGAGGAUAUCAGAGGGAUCAUGUCGCCGGACGGCGUGUUGGUUGUUAAUCUAGGCGGCGACUUUGCGACGACGUUUACGAGGACGAUGCUGCGGACGCUCGUGCAGGGAUUUCGCGACAGCGGCGGCAAGUGCCGUGCGUUUCGAGAAGACGCGCCGCCAGACAGCAGCAGCAGCAGCAGCAGCAGCGACGACGGCGCACAGGAUUUUACAAACGCGGUGGUGUUUUGUCGGCGCGCGCGUGGAGGCGCGAUCGGGUUCCGGCAGCCGACGGAGGAGGACUAUCUGGGGUCGAUUGUGCGGCACCAGUCGCUAGUUCUGAAGCACGAGAUCGAGCUGCCGGUGUACCUCAGAGACAGCGAGGAGGCGCUGGAUCUACGCGGGGAAGCGGGCUGGCGCACAAUCGCGGACGACUCGACGAACCGGGUGUCGAUGCAGGCAGCGGACGGCGCGGCGCGGCACUGGUGGCUGAUGAACGGGGUGCUCGGCUGGCGGGGAUGGGCGCUGUGGUGAGGGAAGAGAGUAUUGUAAGAUAGACAAGGUAGAUAAUCUUGGAUGAGACCAAACAAAUCCACCCGGAGAAGCGGCGCCGGGGAAAGAUGACGUCAGCCCGGCGCAGGGUGCAGCACAAGACUCUUACCCGGCCUCGCCUCGCCGGGAUCCGAGCCGCCGAUGACGGGUCUGCGUGACUUUC